AAGAACGUGUCGUUACUGCUGGACAGCCUUUUGCAAGGUUACAAUCAUCACGUCAGACCUGGAAGAGUCGACACGCCAACGGAUGUGUAUAUUGACAUUGAAGUACGAAGCAUGGGACCAGUGUCGGAAGUUGAUAUGACGUACUCUAUGGAUUGUUAUUUCCGGCAAAGCUGGAUGGACCGUCGACUGGCUUUUCGCGGAUCUAUGCCGUCUAUGACCCUGUCCAUAUCCAUGCUGCAGAAAAUAUGGCGACCGGACACGUCGUUCUUGAACGGCAAGCACUCAUACCUGCACACCAUCACUCAACCCAACAAGUUUGUUCGCUUGGCCCAGGACGGCACUGUGCUGUAUUCGUCAAGGCUGACUGUGAGUGCGAGCUGUCCUAUGAAUUUGGAAAAAUUUCCCAUGGAUACGCAACGCUGUCCUCUCCGGAUCGGAAGCUCUGGGUAUCCUGCAAAAGAGGUGAUGUUUCGCUGGAAUCCGAAACGUCGUGUGGUGAUUGCAUCCGAUAUGAAAUUGAACCAGUUCGACCUCGUCCGAACACCAACGGAUAAUCAAAGCGACUUUUCCAGGAAAGAAGGACCGUUCGCCAUGCUAUUGGUGAGCUUUCAGCUGAAGCGUCACAUGGGUUACUUCCUGAUCGAGGUAUACGCACCCUGCACCUUGCUGGUGGUGCUCUCCUGGGUGUCCUUUUGGAUCAACCGAGAAGCCACAGCUGACAGGAUCGCCCUCGGUGUGACCACUAUACUCACGAUGACUUUCCUGGCAUUGGAAAGCAGGAACGAUUUGCCAAAGGUUCCUUACUGCACUGCCCUGGACUACUACGUGGCCAUUGGCUUUGGUUUUGUAUUCGCCACCAUUGUGGAAUUUGCUAUCGUCCACUAUUUCACCAAGGUUGGAAGCGGAGAGUUCUAUUACUGCCCGGAGAUGGAAGCCGAACGCCUGAAGGCAUCGUCGGAAGAAAGCUGUGAUGAAGACAGCGGUAGUGACGAGCAGCAGCCCUUAGAAUCUGUGACCUUUGGGCAGGCUGGAGACCACUGCCAGAGGUCACACUCGAAAAAGAUGAUCUCGUUACCUGGCAACGCCAUCUAUUGCACCGAUGCCGAGCGACCCGAAGCCACCGUGGCCUUCGUCGGAUCUCCCGACUCCCCGCCCCCCGGGGAGAAUGCACUGGUGGCGGGUUCGGCCAACGGCCGGCUGGAAGCACCCGCAGAGCAGACGGAGUGCCCCGCACGGCACUUCACGGCGAGGCACGGCUUGAGACCGAGCAGCCGGAGGAGCGCGAGGCGGCGAGACUAUCGUCGCCAGAAGAGGCCCUCGCUGAUGGCGCGGCGCCGAAUGUCCAGCCAGAUCCAGGAACUUUGGAUCAACAGCGUCAGCAAGGUCGACAGGAUCUCCAGGGUCGUCUUUCCGCUCGCAUUCAUUGUGGUCAACGUGGUGUACUGGCUCACCUACUUCCGGGAGGACGAGGACAGCUGA